UUCCAGUGCAAUUGAAUGGAUGGAAGUAGGACGUUCCUCUUGACAAAUACCAUUCUGUGUGCUGGGGAAGAGAAGCGGGUUGGUACGCGCACUGUGGUGGUCGGGCACCGGCCGGUUUCAGAAACAGAUGCGUACGUGGCACAGAAGUUCUGCGACAACAGGAUCGUCUCCUCCAAGUACACCCUCUGGAACUUCCUCCCGAAGAACCUUUUUGAGCAGUUUAGAAGAAUCGCCAACUUCUACUUCCUCAUCAUCUUCCUCGUGCAGGUGAUAGUGGACACCCCGACCAGCCCAGUGACCAGCGGCCUCCCGCUCUUCUUUGUCAUCACCGUGACAGCUAUCAAACAGGGGUACGAGGACUGGCUGAGGCACAGAGCUGACAACGAAGUGAACAAAAGCAACGUCUCCAUUGUCGAAAAUGCAAAGCAAGUGCAGAAAGAGAGUGAAAAAAUCAAGGUUGGAGACAUAGUAGAAGUGAAAGCGGAUGAGACCUUCCCCUGUGACUUGAUAUUUUUGGCCUCGAGUAGUGUUGACGGGACCUGUUACGUCACUACAGCGAGUCUUGACGGCGAGUCCAAUUUCAAGACUCACUACGCCGUGCGGGACACCACCGUGCUCUGUACGGAUGAAGCCAUUGAUGCCCUCACCGCCACAAUCGAGUGUGAACAACCACAGCCCGACCUCUACAAGUUUGUUGGAAGAAUUACCAUCUACAGAAGCAACCAAGAGCCUGUAGCCAGGUCUUUGGGUCCUGAAAACCUGUUGCUGAAAGGUGCUACCCUGAAAAAUACCAAGAGGAUUUAUGGAGUUGCGGUCUAUACUGGAAUGGAAACGAAAAUGGCUUUGAACUACCAAGGGAAAUCUCAGAAACGGUCUGCUGUAGAAAAAUCUAUCAACGCUUUCUUGAUAGUGUAUUUGUGCAUCCUGUUGAGCAAGGCUACUGUGUGCACGACUCUGAAAUACGUCUGGCAGAGUAAUCCAUUUAACGAUGAGCCUUGGUACAACGAAAAGACUAAAAAAGAGAGGGAGACGUUCAAAGUCUUGCGGAUGUUCACGGACUUCUUGUCGUUUAUGGUCCUCUUCAACUUCAUUAUCCCCGUUUCCAUGUAUGUUACAGUAGAGAUGCAGAAGUUCUUGGGUUCCUUCUUCAUCUCUUGGGACAAGGAGAUGUACGAUGAAGAAAUAAAAGAGGGAGCGUUGGUGAAUACCUCAGACCUGAACGAAGAGCUCGGACAGGUUGAAUACGUCUUCACGGACAAAACUGGGACCCUGACGGAGAACAGCAUGGAGUUCAUUGAGUGCUGCAUCGACGGGCACAAGUACAAAGACUGCAUUUCAGAGGUGGAUGGCUUCUCUCAGACCGAUGGACCCCUAAAAUGUUAUGGCAAAGCAGAAAAGAGCCGUGAGGAGCUGUUCCUGCGGGCGCUCUGCCUCUGCCACACCGUCCAGAUCAAGGAAGCUGACCAGGUGGAUGGGUUGAUAGGACAUCCAGAACGCAAAUACACCUAUAUCUCCUCUUCCCCAGACGAAAUUGCCUUGGUGAAAGGUGCAGAAAAGUAUGGUUUCACUUUUCUAGGACUUCAGAAUGAUUUCAUGAAAAUACGAAACCAAAAGAACGAGACUGAAAUGUACCAACUUCUCCAUGUGUUGAACUUUGAUCCUGUCCGUCGCCGUAUGAGUGUCAUUGUGAGAACUACCACAGGAAAGUUGCUUCUCUUCUGUAAAGGAGCAGACUCCUCUAUUUUUCCAAGGGUUCAGCAAGAAGAAAUCCAACAAACGAAGGUCCACGUGGACCGCAACGCUAUGGAUGGUUACCGGACACUUUGUGUGGCAUUCAAAGAACUAACUCAGAAGGAGUACGACAAAAUUGACAAACAACUUAGUGAAGCUAAGAUGGCUCUGCAAGACAGGGAGGAGAAGAUGGCCAGGGUGUUUGAAGACACAGAAGCAGACAUGCACUUGAUCGGGGCGACUGCUGUAGAAGACAGGCUGCAGGAGCAGUCGGCAGAGACAAUCGAAGCUCUACAUGCGGCUGGCAUGAAGGUUUGGGUGCUGACAGGAGACAAAAUGGAAACUGCUAAAUCCACCUGCUACGCCUGCCGGCUCUUCCAGACCAGCACCGAGCUGCUGGAGCUCACGGUGAAAACCGUGGGCGAGAGCGAAAGGAAGGAGGAUCGGCUCCAUGAGCUGCUGAUGGAGUACCAUAAAAAGCUGAUUCAGGAUGUUCCCAAAAACCGGGGAGGCCUGAAGAGAAGCUGGACGUUGAGUCAAGAAUAUGGCCUGAUUAUAGAUGGCUCGACACUGUCACUGAUACUUAACCCUUCUCAGGACUUCAGUUCGAGUAAUUACAAAAACAUAUUUCUACAAAUCUGCUUGAAGUGUACUGCAGUCCUCUGCUGCCGGAUGGCUCCUUUGCAGAAAGCACAGAUUGUGCGAAUGGUGAAGAACACAAAAGGGAGCCCGAUAACACUCUCCAUAGGGGAUGGUGCAAAUGAUGUUAGUAUGAUUUUGGAAGCACAUGUUGGAAUAGGUAUAAAAGGCAAAGAAGGACGACAGGCUUCCAGAAACAGCGACUAUGCUGUGCCAAAGUUUAAACAUUUAAGAAAACUGCUACUAGCACAUGGGCAUUUAUAUUAUGUGAGAAUAGCACACCUUGUACAGUAUUUCUUCUAUAAGAACCUUUGCUUCAUUUUACCGCAGUUUUUAUACCAGUUCUUCUGUGGAUUCUCACAGCAGCCGCUGUACGAUGCUGCUUAUCUGACCAUGUACAACAUCUGCUUCACGUCGCUGCCGAUCCUGGCGUACAGCCUGCUGGAGCAGCACAUCACCAUCGACAGGCUGACGGCAGAUCCACAGCUGUAUAUGAAGGUUUCAGAUAAUGCGAUGUUGCAGUGGAGGCCGUUCCUGUACUGGACCUUUCUGGGUGCCUUUGAAGGACUUGUGUUUUUCUUUGGGGCUUAUUUUCUUUUUCAAAAUUCAUCGUUGGAAGAUAACGGAAAGGUUUUUGGGAACUGGACCUUUGGGACAAUUGUUUUCACUGUGCUGGUGUUCACCGUCACUCUGAAGCUGGCAUUAGAUACCCGAUUCUGGACGUGGAUGAACCACUUUGUGAUUUGGGGCUCCCUUGCCUUCUAUGUGUUUUUCUCGUUCUUUUGGGGAGGAGUCAUUUGGCCUUUCUUGAAGCAGCAAAGAAUGUAUUUUGUAUUUGCCCAUAUGCUGACUUCUGUUUCCACAUGGCUGGCAAUAAUUCUCCUGAUUUUUAUCAGCCUUUUCCCAGAAAUUCUUCUAAUAGUUUUAAAAAAUAUAAAAGAGAAAAAUCAUCAGGUAACGAAGCGCCUUCCUUCCUCAGGAACAUCCACUAUCUUCAUGCUUUCUCAAACUUCCAGCAAUCACAGCUUUUCUUGGAGUGAAUAAGAGCAGCAGGAGGGCACCUGAUUCAUUGUCGGCCAGACCUUCUGUCACACCACUUCUUUUAAGAACAUUCUCAGAUGAAUCUAAUGUGUUGUAACAGGUACCCUGUCCAAAGGAGUUGAGCUGAUUUUAAAAGCCAUCUAUUAACCAAAUGUAACCCCCACCCAAUCAAUUAAACUAUGGUUCUUGUAAUCCUCUUGACUAUCGGUGUGGGGUACCUGUCCUUGUGGAAUGGAGAUGCAAUGCUUGGGAUGCAUUUUAAUUUGGGGGAGUUGUCCUGUCCAACCAUUCGGAGUUCCACGUAUACACAGAUCCUCUCAAACUGAAAUAUUUUGCAGUAGAUAAACAAAUCUUCUAAUACAACCAAUAUUUUAGUCUAAUAUUAUCAGACAACUUAGCCUGGAGAAUACAGUCAGUGAAUCGUGCUGACAGUGAUUAUAAAAGCUGACACUGUAUUCACGGUGAAAUAUUCAAAUCUCAGCUAUUAAAAUGAUUCCAGUAUUGCAUCUGAAUUGUACCAAAAUCCCUUUUUCUAGGGUGCAUGCUGUUCUGUCAGAUAGAAUUAAGUACAUUUUAAUUUACCUGCAUAGAUUGAAACUAAACACGUGUAUGUGUCUGUGUGUCAACAUAUGGUACGAUGGGCAUGUCUCUGUGUCUGUAUGUGUAUACGCACACAGAGAGCAUCCUAGUACAAGUUCACUUGAUUUUAAACAUUGUAUUAGACUGAUAGCAGAAUAAAAAUGUAAAAGUGCCUAAUUGAAUUCACAGCUUCACUUUCAGUGAGAUGUUACAUAGCUGUGUGGUGUCUGCUGCAAACUUAAAACUGCAGAUUUGCUGCAAACCUCUCCUACCUUUGUACCUACAGCUGCUUCUAUAGAAAUCAGUUUAAUUGGAAUGGCAGGACCAACAGCCAGGCUUGCCAGAGCUCCAAAUGUAGCUGGCAUCAGUCUGGGUUUCUGCUUGCCUGGGUGUUGCCAGCGAGCUGAGCAGCCCGUCUUUCCCUGCAGACGUUAGGUGGUGCUCUCCACUGCCGUAUACUGGUGCAGACUGGUGCGGGAGGCAGCCGGACUGGGGCAGAACAGGAGCUGCAGGGGACAGCGAGGGAGAUGCCACUUUUAGACUUCAUUGAAGCAUUUUGCAGCUGUGCAAGUUGAUUUUUCCAUGCUAUUGUUUGGUUGUGAAUGACAUUUGGCACUUUUAUCAUGGGCUAAUCAUUCUUCUCCUAUAAAAUGUUAAAUGUUCUUUUCUAAAAAUAACACGGAAAAAUAUUUAUGAAUUUGGGAAUAUAACAGUUGCAAUACAUGUGCAUUUUCCUUCUGAUUUUUGCAGACUGCCUCCUUUGACCUACCUAUAUUAGUCUCAUACAAACGUAUAGAGAAUGGUUAUGUGAAGACUGAAGAUGCUGUUACUAAUUUGACAGAAAGAUAUCCUCUCAGGAUACUUUAAAGUGCUGCGUACAAACACGGCGUAUUGUUAUGCUGUAGGAAUAAAAACAUGGUUUUAACCUAACAGUUCUCUUUUAACGUUGCCAAGUACAGCGAGCAGCCAUGCUGAUAAAGCAGUAGCCAGGGCACUGGCGCCCUGGCACCCCUUUGUCUUUGGUUUCACCACCUGCCCCUCCUCCUCCAAAAAAAGAUCUGCCUAAUUCUACAUCAUUGGAGACUAGAGAAAGCAUCUAUAGUAAUUAAUCCAAAACAGCAUGAGUAAAAAGUGCGAGAGAGGAAUGCCAGCCCCAUUUCUCACAGGGGCUUCCUCUGCCUGCUGCAGAUCUGGCUGAGAGCAGCUGAGAGCUGCUGAAGUCUCUUGCUCUGCCUGACCAAAGAAGCAGCACUGACUUUAAACCCAACAACAGCCCCCUCCAGCUCCUCGAAGGCGCCAGGGAAAGCCUGUUCCUCUCCCGCGGGAGCUGGAUGCAGCCCUGCGAGCAUCUCGCCUGGUGCUGGGGCUGUGACCCCUCGGCGGGGGCUGCCCCGUCCCAGCAAUGGGCUGCCACAUGUGUGCGGCAGAAAUACUUGGGAACUCGAGAGAUCUUCACUGAUGAUGAAAGUUGUCCAGUUACAUACUGGGUACAGCUGGAAGCCGUCUGUGGUCCAUACGCAGCGCCUGUAUCCGUGCAGAAACCUGUGGUGCUGGGAAGUGCCUGAGCAUCCUCCCCUGACCAGUUUGCAAUGGGUUUGUUCCUGGUGGAGGGUGAAGAAAAGGUUAUUUUCCCUCGUGUUGUGGCUGUUCGCGAUGGAAGGAAGCUUUUGUGGGGGAGGACAGAAUCUCAAAAGCCGUUUUGCCUGGGUUCCUGUGGUUGUGCUUACGUUACUGCACUGUGCAGUUGCUUCAACACUUUGAAGGCCUGAGUGACAGUGUGGUCCUUGGAUGAUCCUGGGGACACAGGCUGCGCCUGUAAACCUGCAGGCGUAUAAAACUGCAUCUUGAGUUAUUUGCACUAAGAAAAAAAGAAGCCGGUUUAAAAAUAAAAGGAAUACAUGAACCUGAUUUAAUUUUACAUUCUAUUUGGUUUUUAAAUUGGCAUGUUCUUUUUAAAUCUACCUGUACCAUGGUCAUGGGGACUUUUCUCUUUAGGUUGUGUACAGCACAGGUGACUUUUGCCUGACUUUUUUUUCUCUGAUACUUCAUAUGUGGAAAAAGCGGCUUUUUUUGUUGUUUUAAAUCAUAAGCAGUGACUGAGCGCCCUAUGCCACCACCGUUUGGUGUGAAGGUCCCCUUGGUGCUGACUGCCCCCGGCACUCUGCAGAGCGAUGCAGAGGAGUUACUGUGAGAAGCGUUCGAGUCUCUCCAGAGUAACGAGUUCAAUGCUGCGGCUGGGUUUGGAUCCCACUUGCUCAGGCUUUGUGUGACUUACAUGCAAAGAAACAACCAGUUGGGACUAGAUGGAACGUUCAUUUCAUCAAAUUUCGCUCAACUGCAGACAAGUUUUGGAAGAAUAGAGUGUUGUUCUCUGGCUGCCACCCCUGAGGUCCAUCUUUGACUCUUGGUUGGAAGCAGGAUGCAGAUCAGCUGCAGGCGAUUUCUGCUCUUCAUCAUAAGGACAUUGCAAUGGGUCUUCCCUGAGCGGGAAAGGGGUGAGUGCAGUCCCUGUGGUUGGUGGCUGCUCUUAUAUCACCCAGCAUGGGAGGGGACACACGGACAGGACCACUGUAUUAUACACGCUGCACUGGCCUCCCCGCGAGUGGGGUUUGUUAGCACCACGUUAGCAACUGCGGCUCGACUCUUUGCUGCAUGCAAGUAAGGAGCUGCACUUCCAGCAUGUGUCCCGUAGGCAAAGCUUAUUUUUCUUUUUUUUCUCUCCUUUUUUCCUUUUCCUAGCUCAUUUCACAAACUUAGAAUUCAACUUGCAGACCUUCUCAACUUUUCAUGCUAAAAUGUGGUGCCUACAGAUCAAGUAUGCGAUGAAUACAAUGAAGAUACACUCUACAUGCCAAAUCUAACCUUUCUCCUUAAAUAUACAGUUGCUGACUUGUGUUUACAUAACCUUUAAAAUCUGGACAUUGAAAUGCCUAAUUCCUGUGAUUCAAAAUCAUUCCAAGCCCGAAUGGCCCCAAGCCUGACACUUUGCUUCUCGGAUUGCUUUGUAUCAUACUCUCCUAGGGUCAAAAUCUGCUCCCAUGAAAUUCAGCUGGAGGUUUGGCUGGUGACAUUAGUGGGAACAGAGUGAAGCUUGCCAUGUAUGUGUGAACUGUGUGAAGAAAGCCUCUCAAACGGGCUAAUCUCUGCAGCCCGUUUUAAGAUGAAGCCGUUUUAAGAGCCAAAUCUUUCUCUUCCCAUUCCCAAGUGUCCUGUCUCAGGAUGGAGCAAGCUAUUGCAAUAGCUGGACAUUCAAAUCCAAGGCACGUGUGCUCACCGUCUGGAAUGAAUCUGAAAUGUCUCAAUUGGCAGCUGUUUGGGGAAAAUGCAGGUUUUCUUGGGCUUGGAUCUUCAGCUAGUGCACUGAUGUAGUGCCAGGGAUGCCGGGACAGCCAGGGCUGCCCUGGACCAGCAGAAUGGCUGAUCCUUGUUGUUCAAUGGCAGAAGUGAAAUUUCUGUUGCCGUGGAUGACUUGUGAAGUCAGGGGUAAUAGACCCCUUUUGGGGUUACAGAAGGGAAGAAAAAGUGGCGAUAGUAACUGUAAGGUAUAAGGCAGCAGGAUGCUGAAGAGGCAGUAAUCCAACAGGGAUGCUGUGGUUAUUGUUCAUAAUACACAGUGUUAUAGUGCUCGUCAGCGAGCUAAAAGGUCAGUACAGGCUUACUGGUGGAAAAACUUGAAGGAAAAAAAGGCUGGGUUUUUUUUAUGUAAUAAUUCAUUGAAGUUUAGUCACUGGCUAGUGACACUGAAAGAUAAGUAAUUAAGAUUCCCUCUAAAACUGCUAAUGUGAUAAUGGAGGAACUUGGUGUAGUCAUAUCUACUUUUCAAAAACUAAUCCUAAUUGUUAUGAGGAUAUUAUAAAUGACUUGGAAUUGCAUAAAAGCUUAAAAUUGAAUUUGUAUACAUGCGGUUGAAAAACUUGCCUAAUACUGCACCAUUUAUUCAGUUUCCCAGCUAUGGAUUUUUUUUUAAAAACAUGUAGUAUAUAGAAGGUAUAAAUUAUAUGCAGGCAAUGAGAAGAUAUGUUUUCAGCUUCUGGAAAAAAAAAAAUUGACUGCAACCUUACAUUUUUUUCACUUAAAUGCAAUUUUAUACAUUUAUGUUGCUUUAUAUAAAGGAAAUCGAAUGUGAAUGUUACCUUUUAUGAAUGCAACUUGCUCUUUUUUCAUUACAGAAACUUUUGUUUGAAGUAAUCAAUAAACUUUGGUAUGUUGUUCUGAUUAAUAUACAA